AUGGCCCCGAGGUCAUCCAGACCGUCGGCGGGCAGAGCUGCGAGCUCCAGGCGCAGCAAUGGGACCGCGUCGCGCAGCAGGACGCGUCGCGGCGUCGCCCAAACCACAGCCACGACCACGAGCGACAACGAGGAAUACAACGACGAUGGCGAGUACCGAGACGCCAAGUCGACUCCGAGCCCCCGGCCGGCCAAGAGACGCAAAACCGCAUCGUCCAACAAUGGCGUCGCCGACCUCCACCGCCGCCUCUUCGCCCGCGACGCGCCCGUGACGGCCCGCAACGCCUGCCUCCCUCCAUCCCGCCGCCACUCACUCGACUACCACAAGCCGCUGCUGCUCAGCGCAGACCACGGCCUCGCAGGUCGCUCCUCGCUCCUCUCCUGGUUCGACUCCGUCAGCGCCACGCGCGCCAUGCCCUGGCGCAAGCCGUGGAUCGACCCUCGCCUGCCCGACGACGCGACCGACAACGACACGGCGCAGCUCCGCGCCAACCUGGAGCGCCGCGCCUACGAGGUCUGGAUCAGCGAGAUCAUGCUGCAGCAGACGCGCGUCGCCGUCGUCAUCGACUACUGGAACCGCUGGACGGCCCGGUGGCCGACGGUCCACGACCUCGCGCGCGCCGAGCCGGACGAUGUGCUUGCCGCCUGGCGCGGGCUGGGCUACUACAGCCGCGCGACGCGAAUACACGAGGCGGCGAAGCUGGCUGUCGCAGAUACUCGCAUGCGCGGCCUGCUGCCCUCGUCGGCCGCUGAGCUCGAGGCUCGCGUUCCUGGCGUGGGGCGCUACACGGCCGGCGCCAUCGCGAGCAUCGUCUUUGGCCGCCCCGAGCCCAUGGUCGAUGGCAAUGUGCUGCGUGUGCUGAGCCGCCAGCUGGGCGUGUACGGCAACGUCAAGACGGAUCGGGCAGUCAUCGACACUAUAUGGGCUGCGGCCGACGCCCUCGUCAAGGCCGUCGCGGAGGAUGGGGACGAGACGAUCGUUGACGGGGAGGGCAUGCGUGUGAACGACAGGCCGGGCCGCUGGGGUCAGGCGCUCAUGGAGCUGGGCAGCACCGUAUGCACGCCCAAGCCCAACUGCGCGGCGUGUCCCAUCACGACGACGUGCCGUGCCUACGCCGAGGGCAUGACCAUGGCAGACAAGACAACCCGGUCCCCACGCGACAUUGUCGCCGACAUAGAAGACGCCUGUACACUUUGCCAGCUGAUGGAAGAAGACGAAGACGACGUCGACACCAAGCCGCAGCCCGCCGCAAAGAAGCAGAACGGCGCGAAGCAGCUCUCCCUCGCCGACUUUGCCUUUAAGGUGUCGGCCGCCCCCAAGCCCAGACCCUCACCUACUCAAACGCAAGCCGCAGCCGUGCAAGCGGCUGCAGAGCACGCGCGCAAGUUCCCCCUCAAAGUCGCCAAGAAGGCAGUUCGCGAAGAGGAGACGCUCGUGUGCGCCAUCCGCCGCCCCGACGGCUCAUACCUGCUCGAGCGGCGGCCCGAAAAGGGCCUCCUCGCCGGCCUGUGGGAGUUUCCGAGCCUCAUCCUAAACGACGACAACGACGACGCCGACGGCGAGGCGAAUGGCGCAUCGACAGCGCAACGCAGGACCGAGCUGGCAAGGGGGCACGCAGCCAAGAUGCUGUCGAAGACGACGACAAGCUCCGCGGGCCGCGAACAAGAACAAGAACCCGAGCACCUCGGCGAGCUGGGGAGCGUGCCCUGGCUCUUUUCGCAUCUGAGGCUGACGAUGCACGUGCACCUAUUUGCCGCUCCGGACGGUGCCGAUUAUAAUGAUAAGGCGGCCGGGGGCAAGUCGAGACCGUUGCGGUGGAGCGACGAGGUCGACGACGAGAGCAUGGGUACUGGCAUGCACAAGUGCUGGGCGCUGGUCAAGGACACAGCAGAAGGGUGA